AAAUCGCACACGGCAGCUGCACAUACUAUUACUACUAAUUAAAUAUUAAUUAAUUUCUUUUAAUUAAUUAUUAUUAUGUCUUACUACUAUUUUGUAACGUCUCAUAUACCUUCAUUAUUAUUUAAUAAUAAUAAUAAUUUGUUAUCUUGUAAUAUAAAUAGCGAAAACGACCAGCCACCCCCCUCGAAUCUCGGACGAUUUGUUCUCUCUCUACCGCAACAAUCACAGUUAAUACGACGUCGUUCCUUUCUCAUUCGUUGUUCUUCAUCAUUACUUCUCUCAGAAAUGGAGUCCACUGCUAGUGAGGGUUUAUAUCCCCUGCACCGCUCAAAAACCAUUCAUCUGGUGAGGCAUGCCCAAGGGAUUCACAAUGUAGCGGGAGAGAAGGAUCACAGUGCAUAUAUGUCUGAAGAACUCUUUGAUGCACAUCUUACCCCUCUUGGUUGGCAACAGGUAGAUAAUCUUCGGAAGCAUGUUCAUGCAUCUGGUAUCUCCAAAAAGAUUGAAUUGGUUGUCGUUUCACCUUUGCUGAGGACUAUGCAAACAGCAGUUGGUGCCUUUGGAGGUGAAGGUUCUACUGAUCGGAAUGAUGUGUCUCCACUAAUGGUUGAAUAUACGGGUGACAGUAAUCAUCCUGCAAUUUCAAGCCUUAAUUGUCCUCCUUUCAUUGCUGUGGAGCUUUGUCGAGAACAUUUGGGUGUUCAUCCAUGUGAUAGGAGAAGAAGUGUGACUGAAUACAAGACCAUGUUCCCAGCAAUUGAUUUUUCCUUGAUAGAAAAUGAUGGUGAUGUUUUGUGGACCUCUAAAACCAGAGAAAAGAAUGAAGAAGUUGCAGCCAGGGGUGUGAAGUUUAUGAAAUGGUUGUUGACUCGGGAAGAGAAGGAGAUUGCAGUUGUUACCCAUAGUGGUUUCUUGUUCCACACACUUUGCGCAUAUGGAGAUGAUCUUCAUCCCACGCUUAAGAAGGAAAUGACCAAACACUUUAACAACUGCGAGCUUCGUUCAGUGGUCAUCGUUGAUAGAAGCAUGAUAGGAACUGGCAUGUCAAAAACCGACUUUCCCGGGAAAAUUCCUAGUGGUGCUGAUGUUCCGAGUGAUGUUAUUUAGUAUGGAAUCAUAUCCUGGUUAUGCUUUCUUCCCAAUGCAAUUUACUGAAGUCAGCUCAUUUUUCUAUUUUGUAAGUUCCAUAUGGAAUCUAGACAAUUAGAUUCAACUACUACAUAGCCACAUAGGACUAUAUCUGAUUAUAAAUCCUCAAUGAACUUCAUGAAA